AGGGUUAGGGUUAUCUCCCAGCGCGCGCCAACAGUGUGCUUGUUGCGAAGCCCCGUUAUCGUCUGCUCGGGAAAAGCGGUGCACAAAAUACGAUGGACAGUCUUGACCAGAUUUUGCAGGAUGUGGAAGAAGAUCUAUUCGUUGAUUUUGAGAAUGAUGUUUGUGGAAAGAUACCACAUGACAAAAAUAUCAAAGUGAACAUUGAUUUGGUAGACCAAGUCUGUGAGAAACUGAUUGCUGAUAACUGUAUGCCUACAGAGGUACAUGAAGCUUGCUGGAGUGUUGACAGACAAGAACUUGUGUCUCGAAUGCAGUUCCUGGAAAGAUGUUUUGAACUGCCUAAGACCUGUUUCAAGAAACACAGCAAGGAAAAAAGUGUGGACAAAAUUCCACAUGGCAAUGAAAGAUCAAGACAACCUUCGGUCACUUAAUGAGAUGGUCACUUCAGCUGUCUCACCAUGGCUCUGUUUUGAAGCUUUGAAUAUUAUGAUUAGUACUGUUUUUGACAAAUUUUUCAAGACAGAAAUCAAAUACACAGAAAAAGGAAAUCAAUCACUUAAUGAUAUAGAAAAGAACAUUACUCAUUACAUUGGAGGAGCAGUUUUGCAAAAAAAUCAAGAAAAAAACUUACAGAUUUAAGGACCAAGAGGAAAAACAGGAAAUCUUGACUAUAUUAGAGUCACUUUCAGCUAACAGUUCUGAAAGCACUUUAAGCUUAACAUCUUUACUAGACAGAGGAGGGCUUGUGACACUUCAUCCAAAUAUAGAACUUUUGUUUGCAGAACUCGAAAUGACUUUUAGAGCAAUGUUCAGUGGAUUUUCUUCUUCAGAAAUAUCCUUUGAGGCCUACCUCCAUGAAUGUUCUAUUUCAACAGUUUCAAAAAAAUUUUAUGAUCAUCUCUACUCAGUGUGCACCCAAGAAAAUAAAAAAGAGAAAGUCCUUAAGGAUGUGAUAUACAUUUAUUUCAAGAUCAGAGCCCACCACAAGUGCAAGACAUUUAUGGAUGACUUUUAUCGGCUUUCAAAAAAGGAAAAGAGAGAAAAGGGAACCAGAAAACGGUUGAAACAAGCACACAAAAUUUGAAAGUCAUGAGAUGAGCAGCGCUGGAUGAUGAGCAGAACUAUUAUUAGAAAUGAGUGAUGAGUGACAACUGAGGUUGUUAUUGUGAUGAGAGAUAUUAGACUGACGUGAAGAUGAUAACUAAUGAUGGUGGUGUAAAAACAGGAACAAUUGUUGGUAAGAAAUGAGGGGGAAAAAAAUCAGAGCUGAGAGGUUGUGGUGUA